CGACAGUGGAUUGCCCACUCGACAUCUGUAGUCGUAAGGGGUGGAUAGCAUGGAUGGUUGAAACUGACGGGUAAUUCAUUAGAAUCAGAGAGUAACACUAAAUCGCGAAUAUGACAAAUGUAUACUCUUUAGACGGGAUCCUGGUGUUUGGGCUCCUCUUGAUCUGCACGUGUGCAUACCUCAAAAAGGUCCCUCGACUCAACAGCUGGUUGCUGUCAGAGAAGAAGGGGGUGUGGGGCGUCUUUUAUAAAGCGGCGGUGAUCGGGACACGACUUCACAUGGCGGUAGCAUUGUCCUGCCUUUCCAUGGCUUUCUACGUGAUCUUUCUGAAGUGAUGGAGUCAUCCCAUAAUGCAAACACUCUGUGAACUUUGUACCCCGAGUGGCCAGGAGGUGUUGGGGUGGGUCAGGCAAACAUUGCCCCCUUCUGGCCAGUUUGGGGAAAGCCUCCUCACCAAACCUUGAUUCGUCUGAAGUCCUUGAUUCGUACUGCUUACGUCUUUCCUGAAACCAAUCUCUCCCCACACGGAGAAAAAUAUCACAUUCAGGUUCACACAUUCCUGUUGGUUCUUGUCUGAGCAUUCAUUCCCCUUUAAUGAUGAGUACCGGAAAAGAGCCUGACCCGAGGACUGUCAAUCAGGGCAAAGGUUCUGGCCUGUUGAACGGAGAGCUAGAAAUUCAGUCCAAGACAGUAAACUUGACUAUUCAUGUAAAUACUGACUUUAUCACUCUCCUUAUGAUAUGGUAUCUCACUUGAGUACAUAGCAUACCCGCUCAGUCUGUCCUGUUCUGUAUAUUAUACACAUCCAGUAGGGCUGAUGUCCCAUCGCACGGAACGCACAGAGGGAUUGUGGGAUAGCGGUAUCUCUGUUUGGUCCACAAACAUGUGCAGGAGUACUAGUGACUGUUACCAGUGCAGCACCAUUGCCAACAUGUAGUACAGUUUGUGCGAGAAAUCUGCCAGUAGUGUAAAUUGGAAGGGUGUGAUCGUGGCUAUCUGGUGAGAGGAGGUGGACAGUCAAGUGUCACACCAAGCUUAUGUUGAAAUGAGUUGAUAGUUUCUGUCCUGCUUCACUUUUUACUCAUGAACCAAGAGAUGGCUGUGACGGACAGAAGGGCUUAAAAUUGGGACGUUUUAUAACACUUGCAUUGUCAUUCCAUGUAAGUUUGCACCUGUAAACUUGUGCUUUGUAAUUUCUUUCUGAUAUCUGAAUUAUGAAUCCCCCUAUGACUCACUGGUCAUGUACGAGAUUAUCCAUCAAUGGAUCCGCUGUUUCCCCACAAAGACAUGGAUGUUGGAUUGUAAUAUUUGUACAUACAUUGUGAAGCACAGUAAAGAUAUAGUUCAACCCUGAA